AUGGGUCAUUAUUACUACUUCAGAGGACUAGGUUUACUCAUCCUAUUCUACCAGAUGUUGUGUAUUCCAAUGAUGAAUACACAGGCAAUUGAACGUUGUGUUUAUGUUAUAAGCGAUGAUGGCGAACUAAUGCUAUCAUGUGAUGCUGGAAAACCAGAUAUGAUGCAACCAGGUUUUAGUAUGCAUGAUGUUCAACAAAAUGAUUUCCCCUCCUCUGAAGCAUAUGGUAAUGACAAUGGCAACGAGGCUGACUACAGUUCACUUCAGAAACAAAAACAAUCACGUAAACUUACAGCAGAUGGUUAUCAGCCUAAAUCAAGUCAAGAUGGUGGGUAUGGCUAUAGUCGACUAGGUAAACGUGGAUUUGUUCGAAUCGGUAAACGUGGAUUUGUUCGAAUCGGUAAACGCGGAUUUGUUCGAAUCGGUAAACGGGGAUUUGUUCGAAUCGGUAAACGUGGAUUUGUUCGUAUUGGACGAUAAAUGGAUUCAGAUUACGAUUAUAAUAAUAAUAAUAAUAACAUUAAGAACAAUUGUUACUGUGAUUAAUAAAAAUGAUUCUAUUAAAAAAUUCAGACUAUUUAAGAAGUUUCAUUGCUUGAGUAAAUAAAUAAAUAAAUUUAUUAAUGAAUCAAACAGUAGAACUUUUUCAACUAACGAACUGUAAAACUCUUUCUUCUUCUUCUUCUACUACUCCUACUGUUGAAGAUGAAUUUAAG